AUGGCCUCUUCUAUGGCAAAUAAGAAGGAAAAUUUUGAUUGGCUUAUUAAAGUUCUAUUGAUAGGAGAUUCUGGUGUCGGAAAAACAAAUGUGCUGUUAAGAUUUUGUGAAAACAAUUUCCAACCAACCUACUUAUCAACAAUUGGAAUAGAUUUCAAAAUAAAAUCGAUUGAUGUUGAAGGUAAGAAAAUAAAGAUGCAAAUAUGGGAUACUGCAGGAUAAGAGAGAUUUAAGACGAUUACCUAAACCUAUUACAAAGGAGCUAUGGGGAUCAUCCUCGUAUAUUCUAUAGACGACAGAGAAUCAUUUAAAAAUAUUUAGAAUUGGAUGAGUCAAAUUAAGUAACAUGCAAGUGAAAAUGUAUGUAAAUUACUGAUAGGAAAUAAAAUUGAUGUGCCAAAUAGAUAAGUCACUAAAGAAGAGGGAGAAGAAUUAGCCAAAUCAUAUGGAGUUUCUUUUUUUGAAACUUCAGCAAAGGAGGGGACAUAAGUGUCGGAUGCCUUUUAUGCAAUUGCCAAGGCAGUCAAAGCAAAUCUAUCAAAUGAAAAAACGCCCAAUCCAAGUGCUCCUUAGAAUGCAUCUAUAAACUUAACACAAAAUAACCACGCUGCUGAUGAAAAAAAGAAUGGGGGAUGUUGCUGAUUUGAAUAACAAUUAAACAACAAUAUAUAAUUUCAUCUUUUAA